AGUUACAAAUUUACGGUGAGUGGUUAAGUGUCGUUCGUUUUAUCGCUCGUGUAUUUGCCGGCGUCGAGUUUCCUACGUUUUACAUUCUAUAGUGCGGAUCAUACACGCGUACGGUGGGUGCGUGCUUGUAAAUAUUUUGAUAAUUAAUGUGAAGGAAAUUCAUAGCGUUUUUGCGCACAAUAAAUAGAUAAAAGCAUAUAUACAUAUACACACGUAUAUUUGUUUAGAUAAAUGUUUAAGGAAUUAAAAAUAUACUGGAUAUGAAGGACCGUUCUUCACAUUUCUCACAUAUUUUUCUUAAAUCCAUUGAUUUCGUGCGGAAACUGCUAUGUAAUAUAUAGUGUAGUAGUACGUUCAUUAGAAAAGAAUUAUAAAGUUCCUAUUUAGUAAUAACUAUAAAUGUUAAGGAAAUGAAAAACAAAUUGUAAAUAUAACAGAUAAGUAGAGUUAAAGGAAAUAGGAUUAUGGAAACAACAAAUUAAGAUUGAUAACAGUACAAACCGUUUAGCAAGUACAAAACGAACGGAUGCUGCAUAAAAGUUAUUAGUUUUCAAUUCGUUCUCGGGCUUGAAAUGAAAGGAAAGUUGGAGACACAAAUGAAAAUAAAUACACAAAAAAUACCUCUAUAUAUGUAAGCAGUGGGGAACAAACCGUUUGCGCAAGUAAAAAAGCUUAUCAGCAUAAACUUCAAACAAUUAAAUAACUCAAUAAUUUAUCAAUAUUUUUACAAAUCAACAGAAAAGUGCUAACACAGAAACUGACAGGUAAUGCCUUACCAAAUUUACUAGAUGGUUUUUCCGCACUUGCAAUAUUGCUUUGUAAUUGGAGUCGUUGAAACGAGAACAAUAAUCGGCUAACAAGAAGCUGGUGACGAGACGUGAAUUGGCAAUAGUAAAUUACAGAGUAGUCCCUAUUGGAUUACUGUAUGUGGACCACAAAUAUUUUGAAGAUUAAUGAAAUAUUCCUUGAAGAUUGGUAAUAUAUAAGGAAUCACAAAAUUAUUACGAAAUUAAGUGUUUCACACACGUAUAGUGGGAUUAAAGUUUCACCUAUCACUGUUAUUUGCUAAUUAUGCCUUUGACUAUGCAACCAUAAACAUAUUCACAAAAAAAAUCAUCAGCGUUUUAGCAAAGAUCUAAUUAUAACCAAUGUGCCCAUAAUAUGUCACAAUUAUCACCUCGCCCAAUAGAAAAGAAGUCAAAAAUAACAAACAAGAAAAUACCAGUAAACACUACUCUACAUAAAAUUAAAACGAAAUCGAGUAUAACAACAAAAACAUCUUCCAAUGUGGCAAUAAAAAUUGGGGUUUCAAAUUUAACACUUUUAAAAAUUAACCAACAAACAGCUCUAAAUACCGUUCAAAAUCCAAUUAAUACAUUUAAUGCAGCAGCGUUAGCAUCAUCGCAUCAGCUGCAUCAGGAAACAUCAUUGGUGUCCGUGCCAUUUAUACCAAAGCUAGAUACAGAGCCAAUAUUAGCUGUAGAUAAAUCUAAAGUCAAAACAACCUUACGACAAGAGCAAUCGGCAAAAUCCUUAGCAGUUAUUAAAAGAAAACGUCGGGGAUUGCGUAAAAAUCCACAAUCCGCUCCAAUCGACAACGCAAAAAAGACAGCAGACACCACAGCCGAGAUCUUUGAAGCGGAUGAUAAGGAACCAAUGUUAAGGACAGAUGUUGAAGUGUUUCAAGGAAAAAUUGUUUUUAAUUCGGAUGGUAAUGCUUUUAUUAUUGCUACAGAAAGUUCAACUGACUCGGUUGCCAAUGCAACAUUGGAACAAAGAACAGCAGGAUCAGUAACAGCGACGGCAAAUGAGAUAGAUGGAGGAGUGACAUCAAGCCGAUCCCUUACUCCUGCAGCAACCGCAAAGGCUUUACCAUUGGGCGAUGCAUCAUCAACAGCAACUUUAAAGGAAGCCUCGUGCAAUCGAGGUAUAAAACAAGCCAGUUGGCUAACGAGCAGCACGAGCCCACGUAUACAUUCAUUUCGUAUUGUAAGUGCUCAGGAUGCUACAGCCGCAAUCAGCACCAACAGAUCCGCCUUUGUCAAAAGCAGCGUCGAGCAAACGAAAUUCGGUACUUUCAGUGAACAUCAACAGCUUCAGCAAGAGCAACAAAGUCAAAGCAAAAACACCGACACUAACGAUAUUGAUAACGAAAGCGAUAACGAUAACGACAACGAAAAUGAUAGUACUAGUUCUAAUAGUAAUAUCGUACAGCGCUCUUCCAAAAUUCAAAAACCGAUAUUGAUGUGCUUUAUAUGCAAACUGUCAUUUGGAAAUACAAAAACAUUUAGUUUACAUGCGAAUUGCGAACAUCAACUAACCUUACAUCCAAAAGAACGAAAUUUAUUAAAUCGCGAAUAUUCCAGCGCCAUUAUACAACCUCCAAAUAUGGACGAGUGUCCCCAAAUAUCCUUUCUUGAGCCAAUUGAAAUGCUUAAAGCUAUAAGAAACGACGAUUUAAAUUCUGAGACUGAUGUACAAAAAAUUGAUGAAGAUUCCACAAUGCAACAGUCGUCAACGUGCAAAUUACGCAGCGCUAGAAAUACUGCUGUGCCGGACCGGUACACUGCUGAAAAUGUUAUUAAUGAAAAAUCUGAUGAAAUUGAGGCAAUAACGGAUGUAACAAUAUUAAAUUCAACUUUAAUAUUGCCAUCGACAGCAGGCUCUUUUUCACUAUCGCCAGACCUACCCAAAUCAACACCAACCUCACCGAAAUCAGUUGUUUCAUCAGCGUCUACAGCACAACAUUCAACUUUGUCAUCCUCUGUCACAGAUUGUAUCAGCAACAGUCAUUUAUUGCUGGCAACCUCUCUUUCGGAAUGUAUACGCGAGCAGCAGAUGAACGAAGCAGGUGAUGUUAUGGUCAACAAUGCAGUGACGGCAACAAACACAAAAUUUGAUAACAAAAUACUGAAACAGCAGCAGAAGUCACAGGAAUAUAAUACAACCGACAUUGUAGAAACUGACGUCAUUGGCCCUUUUAAAUUAAAAGAUGUGAUAGUGUCACCAUCGCUAAUUUCAUCAUUAAUACCAAAAAGUAAAUCAGAAAAUAUAUCUAAAGGUGGUUACACUGCAUUCCAUAUGUCAGAUUCAAUGACAACAACUGAUGCAGACUUCAUUGAAGAUGCGACUAUUUCAGAAAAAUCAAGACAAAAAGUGUGCAGAACUCUUCUAACAACACAUGCCGUUAACAGCAAUAUUGGCGUAUCAUAUUCCGGUGAAUGUCCCAGACCGUCAUCAUUAACAACAGUUUCGAAAACCGAAAAUGAUUUACUGGAUGUGUCAUCUGUGACAGCUAAUACCCCCAUAACUGUGGCUGAUAUCCUGCAGAUGCAGCGCAGUAGUCUUAUGACUUCAUUUGCAGAACCCUCCACGUCAGUUCCGGCGUCAACGGCGACUACAACGGUAGAUGACAACAAAUUGGAAAAAUCCGAUGCAUCUUCGUGCACAAAGAACUUUCUGCAGCAGCAGCAACAACAAUGUGUAACAAUGUGUGGCAGCAAUUUGACCACACCGCAAGCAGCACUAAUGUCCAUUGCACCCACACGAAAUCACCUAAGCUACUUACAUGAUUCACUAGCAGUUUUAUCUGAUAACUACGGUAAUACUAACAGCGGCACAACGGAGGUGCAAAAGACAAGUGCUAAAUUAUUCAGCGACUUCUUGCAACAACAGCUCAAUUUAAAAAAUCAACAACAACGUUCUCAAGAUUUUGAGUAUAAAGGUACUGACUGCAAAAGUUGCGAUAUGCCAUCAUCACCGUUUUGCAGUACAAGCCACAUGCUUACCAUUAAUACAACACAGCAGCGCUCACCAACGCGCAGCAGUAGUAGUUGCAGCGCUGUGCUACAAACCACAGCAAAUUUGACAUCAUCGUCGCCGACCAAUAGUGCAGCCGUCAAUGUCUCUGCAGCAGCAAUGGCAGCGGCGGUAGUGGUAAGCCAGCAGCAACAACAAAAUGCUGCAGCGGCUGUUGCAGUGGCUGCUGCAGCAGCAGCAGCUUCUGCUGCGAAUAACACCUCCAGUUUCACUAUUGGAGCCUGUUCGGAACACAUCAAUGGGCGACCAUUAGGCGUGGAGUGCACAAGGUGUGAAAUGAUAUUAAAUUCAACCCGACUAAAUACUGGCGUACAAAUGUCAACACGAAACUCAUGUAAAACAUUAAAGUGUCCACAGUGUAAUUGGCACUACAAAUAUCAGGAAACCCUCGAGAUACACAUGCGCGAGAAGCACCCGGACGGUGAGAGUGCUUGUGGCUACUGUUUGUCCGGUCAGCAACAUCCGCGUUUAGCUCGUGGUGAAUCAUACUCAUGUGGUUACAAACCUUAUCGUUGUGAAAUUUGCAAUUAUUCAACAACGACGAAAGGAAAUCUGUCUAUACAUAUGCAAUCUGACAAACAUCUGAACAAUAUGCAAGAGUUGAACAGUUCUCAAAGCAUGCUGGCAGCUGCUGUGGCCGCCGCCAGCGGUGGGAAAACUGAUGUCCCAUCCAAGAUGCUGUUGCCAAAUAACAUUGCAGCAUCUCAGCAACAGCAGCCAACACUUUCUCAAUCCCAAACACAACAGGCGCAAUCUGGGCUUUCUACCACCAACUCAACAAUUAGUGGCAACAACGGCGACUCUUCCAGUAGCGUCAGUGGGCGUGCUAUUUUGGAUAGCUUUGGCAAUACAGCUAGCAUGCUUCACAAAAAUAAACCGUCCUUUCGCUGCGACAUUUGUAGUUACGAAACGUCGGUGGCACGUAAUCUACGCAUUCAUAUGACCAGCGAGAAGCAUACCCAUAAUAUGGCCGCUCUGCAAAGUAAUAUUAAGCACAUACAAGCGUACAGCUUCUUGCAUCAGCAUCAGCAAGCUGUCGCUGCUCAACAUCAGCAGCAGUUGACGGUAGCAACCCAGGCUGCCGGACUAGGAAGCGGCUUAGUGACUGCUAGUUUUUUGCCAGAAAUUGCGCUGGCCGAUCUGGCUUAUAAUCAGGCGAUUAUGAUACAAUUGCUGCAGCACAACUCUACGUCUGUUGGUCAGCAGCAUCAGCUUCAUGAAUCUGUUUCGGAAAUACAGACUUCGCCACGCUCAUCGCCACGCUCAUCGCCGCGUGCUAGGCACAUUGAACAGCAAUCGACCUUGCAACAGCAACAACAAAAAAUUCAAUUGCAGCAGCAACAACUACAGCAAUUACGACAACACUUACAGAAGUCAUGUUCACCAAACAAUAGCUCACCAACAUUGCUACUGCCUUCAGCCCCCUACAGUAACAGUGAACUCAACUUGUCUUCCAACUUUGAUGGUGGCGGCGUCGGCGUUUCUAGAGCCGAUGAAACGCUUGAACUACCAAUACGCGUCGACCCGUUUCCGAUAAAGCUCUACAGUUGCUUAAUAUGCGAUGUCUUCAGCUCAAAUAGUUUAGACGAACUAAAUCAACAUUUGUUGACAGAUCGCUCACGGAGUAGUAACAGUAUAGUAGCAGCGAACAACAUCGACGGCAACACCAAGUCCAGUGUCUCUAAUUCACCCAGUAACGAUGUAAUGGUUACCCUAAACAACAACUAUAUUUGCCGUUUAUGCAACUACAAGACGAAUUUGAAAGCGAAUUUUCAAUUACACAGCAAAACGGACAAACAUCUACAGAAGUUGAAUUACGUUAACCAUAUACGCGAAGGAGGGCCGGAUAACGAAUAUAAGUUUAAAUAUCUGCAGCUUGCUGCAAAUACAGUUAAACUGAAAUGCAAUUGUUGCGAUUUCUAUACAAAUUCAAUACAAAAGCUUUCGUUGCACACGAAGCACAUGCGGCACGAGACAAUGCACAUGAUCUUCCAACAUUUAUUGCGCAUUAUGCAGCAGCAUAACAUUGACAAAAGUGAAACCGAGUGGCAACAAAAGCAACGGCAGAAUCAGCAAUCGUACCUUCACCCAAAAGUAACUCAUUUGGAAACAGAUGGUGUAACUUUCGAUGAAAACAGUGUUACUGAGGCCUCUCUUAACAUCACUUCGAAGGCCAUGUCUGAAUCAUUGGAACAAUCUUUAACAUGCCAAUUAUGCAGCUACAGCACAUCUACACUCUUAAAUAUGAUACAACAUGUAAAAAGUAUGCGUCAUACCCAAAUCGAGCAAUUUGUAAGUUUGCAACGACAUAGCGAACAACUAGAUCCUCCUAGUCUCGAUGAUAUAUUCAAAGUGGUGGAGCAACCUAUCAUCCCGUCGUUGAACCUCACUGCAGCAUCAACCCCUCAAGAAGAUUACGCCUGGUGUGAUGUUCGUGAGGCGACGGGUUGGGGAAGAAUAUCAUCCAGAUUACGUUGUACCCACUGUUAAGCACGG